AAUAAGCCAUCACGUGAUUCAAAUUAAAGAUGUCUGCUCGUGUGACAAGAACUGUAAGUUCUCCAGCAGGUCGUUCUUUAGCUUCGAGUCGUGUAAGGGGAAAUCUUGUUCCUCAAGAUAAAGGAGCUAUUGUACUCGACAUUGGGCAUGUUCAUACAAAGUUAGGUGUUUCUGGGGAGCCAGCUCCUCGUUAUAUUGUCAAAAGUGAAGUUUUAAUGAAACCUUAUGGUGAAAUUCUCAAUGUAUGGGACGAUAAGUAUAUUAAUAGAGAAGAAUUGUAUCUUAUAUUGUGUCGAUUUCUUCAUAAAGUUUUUCUUGAAUACCUGAUUAUUAAUCCUCGAGAGUAUAGGAUUGUCAUUAUUGAAUCAAUUGUGUCACCAUUAAAUUUCAGAAACACAUUAGCAAAGGCUCUAUUUAUUCAUUUUUCUGUCCCCCAUGUUUGUUUUUUACCUCAUCCAUCAGCUUGUUUGUUCAGUUUGGGAAGUUCAACAGCUUUGCUCAUUGAUAUUGGGUUGAAAGAAACAUCAAUAGUUCCAGUGUUUGAAGGUGUGUCGUUAAUUAGAAGUAUUAUGCAAACAACUACGUCAACAAGUUCACUUCACAGUUCACUUCAAUUGUUGUUACAUGAGCAUUGCCAAGUAAAAAACAUUGCAAACGGAGACAUUCAUCCUUUGUCAGAUAAUAAAGAUCUGGAGUUGACUUCAUCUACCUUGAGUAACAUUAUAAUGCAAACAUGUUUUGUUCGGUCACUUGAUUUUGGUGAUGCUACACCUCCUGAUGUAUGUUUUCCUAUUAAUGCUCAGUUCAGUCUCAUCAUAAGUGGACUAGUUAGGUGCCAUGUUGCAGACAUUCUUUUUGAAGGCUGUGAUGGGGAUGUGUCCUUGCCCAUCAGUUUAGUGGAAUCAUUGCUGCUGUGUCCCAUUGAUUGCAGAUCUCAAUUGUGUGAAAAUAUAGUUGUUGUAGGAGGAAGUGCAUCAUUACCAGGAUUGAACUACAGAUUAUUGGAAGAGAUAAGACUCUUGUGUGGCAAUAGCCGGUAUCAAUGUUUGGAUGCCUUAAAGUUCAAAUUUCAUGAACUUCAUUCACAUCCAAACUAUACAGCCUGGCAAGGAGCAUCAAUUAUUGGUGCUGUAGAAUCUGCUAUUCUUGAACGAUCUAUUACAAAAGAAGAUUUUAAACUUUUAGAUUACCACUUGCCAGAUUGGAUGUCAUGCAAUAGUCAAAACUGGGGUAGUUUGCAACAAGUUUCACCUCAGAAGAUACCAUCUUCUCAACCUGGGAAAGUCAUACAAACAGUAAAAUCUGGUUUUGAACAAUAAUUAAUUUUUAUUUUGUUGUAUAACUAGAUUUAUUAAUUUGAUCUAAUAAUUAAUUUUACUGUUA